GUAGAGCCGUGUUGGACGCAUUUUUCCCAAAGUGUAAAAUAUUAGCGUUACAACACAAAACGAACAAAAUUUUUAACGAAAAUUCGAAUAGAAAACGAUUAGACGAUGCGUUUUAAAUUAUUUUUAGCCAGUUUACUGGCAUGUGGCUUCAUAGCCUAUGUAAUAGCAAAUGAAAAUAUAUCUUUGGAACAAGAAAAUGAUGCUAUAUUAAUAAAUUCAAGUAACAAUGUCAAUAAAAAAAUCUCAAGUGCCGCUGAAUUUGUGGAAAUUGCGCCCGUGGUGCCAGUGAACAGUGAAAAAGUGAAUAUUGUGAAGCAGCCAUCGACUGCUAAAGCUAAUGUACAAGUAAAUCCCGUUGCACCCAAAGUGAACGCUAAUGUUAAGCCAAUCUUGGCCAAAGCCAGUAACCUUUUAGUGCAAAGUUACAAAAAUAUCACAAAGUCUCAAACAUUUGAGCAACGUUCCGGUGCACUUAAAAUGUUAAACUUCGAUGAUUACAUGGGAGAAUUGGGUUAUGACGUCUACAAUGAUAACGGUUACAAUUGGUCACCUGAUAAUCCAAUUGCACCACCCGUUAUGCCCUCACAUGCUGCUGGUGGUUAUACGAUAUCUCAGGCACGGUUAGCGGAAAUACGUUCUUACUUCAUGUAUUGGUAUUUCGAUCAGGAUAUGUAUGGCGGACGUGGCGACUAUCAAUUUGAUAUACACGCUUCAAUGACACAAAUACACAAAAACUUGAAUUUCCAGCUGCCGUUCUUUGGUUUCCGUUUCAAUUACACACGACUAUCACUUAAUGGUUAUUUGGAGUUCUCAGAUCCACCAGAAUACUUGACAUAUCCUUUGGUAUUCCCCGUUAAAGAUUGGCCUAAAAAGAAUGAUCCAUCCUUCAUUGGUAUUUGGUUUUCGAAGUGUCGUGUCGGACGCAUCUACGCAACUGAUAUCGACCAACGUACGCCCGGUGUAUAUUUCCGUUUGAAAAUGGCGUUUAAUAUGAAAGUCUUAAUUUCGGUUUCCUUUCUAUACCAACUCUUUUUAAUUGUGAAUGCUGGCACAAUUUCUAAUGUAAACAGUGGGCGAUAUCCUCGUAGAUUACAAACCAAAGGUUAUUUACCACCCUAUCCAACACCGAAUUUUGGUGAUAAAACUCAUAUACAACAUCACAAUACAGAAGCUUUCUUCAAUAAUAAUCAACUAAGUCAUAAGAAAUCUAAUAUACAACAAAGCAAAAAUUUUAAUUCUUAUGGGCCGCCACCGUCAGGACAAACAGCAUUUCAAUAUACUGGACCGCAAACAAACAAUAAAUUUCUUCUACCCUCAUUAAUACCUAAAUCGGUAUUAGAACAAUUAUCAACAUCUGAUGACAAUCAGCAAGAGCAAACAAAUGAUGCAGUUCUCAUGGUUGAAGAACCUGCAUCGCUGCUAACCUCGAGUCAAAAUAAUACAAUUGAAGCUGCAAAACUUUUGGCAUCCACAUUGUUGGAAGCAAAUGGCGAACCACCUUUGGAAGAUUUCAGUGGUGCACAAGAAAUUGAAUCGGGCUCUCUCCAUGAUGGUAAACAAUUAAAUAAUACUGAUGUGGUUAUAGUUAAGUCUCAGAAAAAUGCUUAUAUCAUACCAACACAUUUAGCCAAAGGUAAAGAGUAA